AUGGUUAUCUUGUGUGGGGAGUUAACGACAAGCGAAAGGGGUUGCCUGUUUAAUUGGGUACAAACGAAGCUCGCUCGUGGUAAAAAGUGGACAGAAGAUCAGGGGUUUGUUUGGGUCCAUGACACUUGUGGAGAUCAACGAUGGGAAUCUUCUUGGAACUACAAGGACCUCAUGAACAAUGAAAAUGCCACUAGCAAUUGA